UAUGAAGAAUUGAAGGAAGAGAAAACUUCAUUGUUUCAGAAAACAUCUAGCAUGCAGAAGAGAGUGAUCGAAUUAGAGGACCAAAAACGUAGUAAAGUUGCCUUGGAGGAACAAAUUAUGCGGCUUCAGGGUGAUCUAACUGCUAAAGAAGCAUUAUGUGCACAGGAUGCUGAGUUGAAAAAUGAGCUAGGGCGUCUGAAGCGAUCAAAUAGUCAUCUACAGCGGAAGAUAAAUCAUCUUCAAGAGGAAAAAGAUGAAUGCAUGAAGAACGUUCAAGUCCUUGAAGAGAAAUUGGAGCAGAAAAAAGGUUUACAGCCAGAUGACAUUGAGCGAUCUACUAAUAAUAGUGCUAAUUCUUUUGGAUCAAAUGGUAGUCUUCACGACUACAUGAAGUUCUCAGAGGAUGUGGAAGAUGAGACAAUCAUUGAUGCAGCAUCAAGAAUCCGGUCACUUGAGAAUGAACUUGCUGAGGCUUUGGAGGCAAAUGACAUGUAUAAGGCCCAGAUUAAGAGCUUCGUGUCUGAGGGACAAGAUGUAGAAGUUGCCGGCAUAACAAUCAACAAAGAACAUGAUAAAGAUGCAUCCUCAGUUGAGACCGAGUUGAAAGAACUUCAAGAACGUUACCUCCACAUGAGCCUCAAAUAUGCAGAAGUUGAAGCUCAAAGAGAAGAGCUCGUAUCAAAGCUAAAGGCUGUGAGGCCUGGAAGGAGCUGGUUUUCGUAACUUAAAAGGAAAUUGAUCCUUUUACCAUACCCAAAAGUAAAUUAAUUGAUCUUUUCUCAUUCAUUAUAUGUUAAUAUCCAUGGAUGGCAUAUCUUUUUUGAGGAAAACCAAGAACAUGGGACUAUAUUCUUGAAGAAAUAGCAUAAUUCUUAGGAUAUAGUAAAUUAAACACAAAACUAAAAGAGAUGAAAGAAGAGGAGGUAGAUGAUAUUGUUCUGUCUUUCUUGGAUAUGUAAUUGUAUAUCAUGUAUGCAUGCCCUCUUCUUUUCUUUUUUAGUUUCUAGUCUAGGACAUGUUAAAAACAUACGAGUCAUGUAACUUGUACAUGCCAUAUCUUAAUGAAGAAAUCAGGACACUUUUUCUUGGAUA